ACCAUUUUAUAUAUACGAUAAGAGUGAUCUGCAUGUAAGGAGAUCAAAAUGGCAACAUAAAACAACACAAUGGAUAGGCAACUUCUGCGUCCAGAAAAUGCAGCACUUUUUCCAGAAUGGGAUUUGGAAGAUGUCCGCAGCACUUUCUUCAAAUGUAUUAGAUGGCAAGUAGAAGAAACACUGGAUCCACUAAGCUGCCCUUAUCAUUACUACUGCGACAGCAAUUACCCUGGAAACUAUCCUCCUACGGUUGAUGUUCUUGUUCUUAUCUUUGCAACAACUUCAUAUCUGGCAACGCUAGUGCUGAUGGUCAUUGAUAUUUCAAGAAGAGGACGAACUUCUGUCGCUCAAUCAAAGAGAUACUUGCUACCGUCUGGUCCAGUUUCCCUUCCUAUAUUUCUCUUAAUGCUAGCCAAGGGACACAGGAUCAACACUAUAUUUCCUCUCUCCUGCAUUGGUCCCGCCAUCCUUCAACUGCUUUACAUUUCUGCUCUCACAUUCAACAAUGAAUUAGUUAACGAAGACGUUAAGUAUGCGUUCUUUGAGGCAUCAACAAUUUCCGGUAUUUUACAUGCAAGCGUAUAUCUGGACUCUGUUAUUUUACCUUAUUAUACAGGUUUUGAUGCUCUUGUGUCAUCAAGAUUCUCUGGCGAAUGUGUUUCUUGUGUGUGCCGAAAAGAGGCUCUGGUUGUGGGAGGGAAGCUGGUUACUUACAGGGGUUGGUCAGUAACUACAUUUUUUGUUGCCAGUACAUUAUGCUUGAGGAUUAUACGUAGACUUUCUGAGGCGAACAGAGGAAAGAUAACAGUAAUCAAGUCCAUCUUAGAAAGUUUAGGUUGGAUUUUGGUAACUAAAGAUUCUGUUUAUCUAGUUAUUAACUCUCCUCCAGAACAAUAUCUGUUGCGAGUUACUGCUUUUGGAUGCAUAUUUGUAUUGAUUUGCCUUCAUCUACUCAAACAGGCAUGCAAUCAGGUUUUACAAUUGCAUUCCAAUUAUGAAAAAUGAAAAAAGGUUUUUGUCUAUUACAAAUAGGCAAGAUUACUCGGGCUCCAAAAAAGUUGCUGGUUACUCCAACGUGCGUCUCCUAGAAGAUCAAUGGCCUGAUGAAGUUGUUGCCUUGUUGGCCGCUCUACUCCGUUGGAGUUUGGACGCAGACAAACUGUAUAGUUGAUUUCUCUCUGUCCUCGUAUUGUUCCCCGUAACUCAUGAAGUUAUACAUGCAUGCUUUGAAUGUACAGAAUGCAACAGAUUUUCCUUUUCGACCAAAUUUCCUACGUUUUCUAUUUUCUGUUUUUGUUGGCUGUCUUAUAAAGCUAAAAAAUCUCAUCUUACAUCGAAAACGAAACA